AUGUAUAUGGCAUAUGGAUGGCCACAGGUCAUCCCUCUGGAAUCUGGACUGUGUCCUGCUUCACACCAGAUCAUUUACCUCAAAGCAAUCAAUCGGUUAUUGCUUGUUGUCGCUCCGACGCACAUAGAGCUCUGGAGCUCUUCUCAGCAUAGGGUGAGAUUGGGGAAGUAUAAAAGAGAUUCCGAAUCGGUUCAGAGGGAGGGUGAGAAUUUGCAGGCUGUUUGGAGUCCUGAUACCAAGUUGAUCGCUGUUCUUACCUCUUCAUUCUAUCUUCACCUUUUUAAGGUCCAAUUUACCGAAAAAAGAAUACUGAUUGGAGGGAAGCAACCAUCUGGUUUGUUUCUUGCUACAAUUUCUUUGCUCCUCAGCGAGCAGGUGCCUUUUGCAAAUAAGAACUUGAAUUUGAGCAAUAUUGUAUGUGAUAACAGAAAUAUGCUAGUUGGACUUUCUGAUGGAUCUUUGUAUAGCAUAUCUUGGAAGGGCGAGUUCUGUGGAGCCUUUGAGCUUGACUUUCACCUGUGUGAUGGCUAUGAAGCUAUUAAAUCAUCACAUUCUCUAGACAAUGGUCUUGCUUCUGGUGGCGCCCAAGGUGUUUUUACAUCCAGUCACUAUUUGCUCCCCAAAUCUGCUGUUAUCCAUUUGGAAUUUUCCUUGCCUUUGAGGUUGCUAGCCUUGCUAUUCUCUGAUGGACAACUAGUAGUUUGUUCCAUAAGUAAGAAAGGUUUAAAGCAAUCUGAGUUUAUCAAAGCGGAAAAGAGGUUGGGCUCUGGUGAUGCCGUAUGUGCUUCGGUUGCUCCAGAACAACAAAUCCUUGCUGUUGGCACCAGAAGAGGUGUUGUAGAGUUAUAUGACCUCACAGAUUCUGCAAGACUUAUUCGUUCUGUAUCUUUGUAUGACUGGGGAUACUCAAUGGAUGAUACUGGUGCUGUUAGUUGUAUUGCAUGGACUCCUGAUAAUUCUGCUUUUGCAGUUGGGUGGAAGUUAAGAGGACUUACAGUUUGGUCUGUCUCUGGUUGUCGCUUAAUGUCUACAAUCCGUCAGAUUGGUUUAAGUUCUGUAUCUUCUCCUGUAGUUAAGCCAAACCAGGAUGGCAAAUAUGAACCUAUGAUGGGUGGCACCUCAUCAAUGCAGUGGGAUGAACAUGGAUAUAGGCUUUAUACUAUUGAGCAAGGAUCUGCAGAGAGGAUUCUUGCAUUUUCUUUUGGCAAAUGUUGCCUAAACAGAGGUGUUUCUGGUACAACGCAUGUCCGCCAAGUGAUUUAUGGUGAAGAUAGGCUGCUUGUUGUGCAAUCUGAAGAUACAGAUGAACUUAAAAUUUUGCAUCUUAAUCUUCCAGUCUCUUAUAUCACCCAAAACUGGCCAGUUCUUCAUGUGGCGGCUAGCAAGGAUGGGAUGUACUUAGCUGUUGCUGGACUUCAUGGGUUAGUCUUAUAUGACAUAAGACUGAAAAAGUGGCGAGUGUUUGGGGAUAUUUCCCAGGAACAAAGGAUUCAGUGUAGAGGCUUGUUAUGGCUGGGAAAAAUUGUCAUCGUCUGCAACUACAUCGAUUCUUCAGACAUGUAUGAGCUGCUUUUUUAUCCGAGAUAUCACCUUGAUCAGAGCUCGCUACUUUGUCGCAAACCAUUGCUUGCAAAGCCAAUGGUCAUGGAUGUCUAUCAAGAUUAUUUACUUGUUACUUAUCGUCCGUUUGAUGUCCAUAUAUAUCAUGUGAAAUUAUCUGGUGAAUUGACACCUUCCAGUUCUCCAGAUUUGCAGCUUUCUACAGUUCGAGAGCUCUCAAUCAUGACUGCAAAAAGCCAUCCUGCUGCAAUGCAUUUUAUCCCUGAUCAGCUUUCAAGAGAGUACAUCUCAAGAAAUGUUCUUUCAUCUUCAUCAGAUUUGUUACCUAGAGAACCUGCUAGAUGUUUGAUAUUGAGGACAAAUGGGGAGCUUUCACUACUUGAUUUGGAUGAUGGGCGAGAAAGAGAGCUGACCGACUCUGUUGAACUAUUCUGGGUUACUUGCGGUCAAUCAGAGGAGAAAACAAACUUAAUUGAGGACGUUUCAUGGUUAGAUUAUGGUCAUCGAGGAAUGCAGGUUUGGUAUCCAUCUCCAGGUGUUGACCCUUUUAAGCAAGAAGAUUUCCUGCAGUUGGACCCUGAACUGGAAUUUGAUCGUGAGGUGUAUCCUCUUGGUCUUCUUACAAAUGCUGGAGUCGUAGUUGGUGUUUCCCAGAGGAUGUCAUUUUCGGCAUGCACUGAGUUUCCUUGUUUUGAGCCAUCUCCUCAAGCUCAAACCAUAUUGCAUUGCCUACUCCGGCAUCUUCUUCAGAGGAAUAAAAGUGAAGAAGCUUUAAGGUUGGCACAAAUAUCGGCUGAGAAGCCUCAUUUUUCCCAUUGCCUUGAGUGGCUUCUUUUCACAGUGUUCGAUGCUGAAAUUUCCAGGCAAAAUACAAGCAGAAAUCAGAUCUCAGCCGCUAAGCAUGGCACCAACUCUUCUCUUUUAGCGAAGACCUGUGAUUUAAUCAGAAGGUUUCCUGAGUAUUUUGAUGUGGUUGUUAGUGUUGCAAGAAAAACUGAUGGUCGGCAUUGGGCGGAUUUAUUUUCUGCUGCAGGAAGAUCAACAGAGUAUGUUGUUGUUUCUCGUGUAAUUUUCAUCCUUCACAUUAGGAAUAAAAGUGAAGAAGCUUUAAGGUUGGCACAAUUAUCGGCUGAGAAGCCUCAUUUUUCCCAUUGCCUUGAGUGGCUUCUUUUCACAGUGUUCGAUGCUGAAAUUUCCAGGCAAAAUACAAGCAGAAAUCAGAUCUCAGCCGCUAAGCAUGGCACCAACUCUUCUCUUUUAGAGAAGACCUGUGAUUUAAUCAGAAGGUUUCCUGAGUAUUUUGAUGUGGUUGUUAGUGUUGCAAGAAAAACUGAUGGUCGGCAUUGGGCGGAUUUAUUUUCUGCUGCAGGAAGAUCAACAGAGUUGUUUGAGGAAUGCUUCCAGCGGAGAUGGUAUCGCACUGCAGCCUGCUAUAUACUGGUCAUUGCUAAACUUGAAGGUCCUGCUGUGAGUCAAUACUGUGCUUUACGUUUAUUGCAGGCAACACUUGAUGAAUCUUUAUAUGAACUUGCUGGGGAGCUGGUGAGGUUUCUCAUGAGGUCUGGAAGAGAAUAUGAACCUGCACAAACAGAUUCAGAAAGACUCUCUCCCAGAUUCUUGAGCUAUUUUCUUUUCCCUUCUAGUAACAGGAGGCAGUCCUUGGACUCAAAAAGCAACUCAUUCAAAGAGCAGAGUGCACAUGUUGCUUCUGUGAAGAACAUCUUAGAAAACCAUGCGAGCUAUUUAAUGUCGGGGAAAGAACUUUCUAAGCUUGUUGCAUUUGUGAAAGGCACCCAAUUUGAUCUAGUGGAAUAUCUUCAACGAGAAAGAUAUGGUGUUGCUCGCCUGGAGAAUUUUGCUUCUGGGCUUGAAUUAAUUGGGCAGAAGCUGCAAAUGGUAACCUUGCAAAGCCGGUUGGACGCAGAAUUCCUCCUGGCUCAUAUGUGUUCGGUCAAGUUUAAAGAGUGGAUAGUUGUCUUGGCCACUCUUUUAAGGCGAUCCGAGGUUCUUUCUGAUUUAUUUCGGUAUGAUAUGCGGUUAUGGAAAGCAUAUAGCCUAGCUCUGCAGUCGCAUCCAGCACUUGCUGAAUACCAUGACUUGCUCGAAGUCUUGGAAGGGAAACUUUCAUCUACAGCAAGUUUGGAAGAGGAAUGA